AAUUAUUGACCAAUUUCGUUUGUUUUCCCACAUUUUGUUAUCAUGUGAUAUGAGCUAGUUUAUUUUCUGAUUGGUGGACUCAGAGAGGAAAAUAUCUUUUUAUAAAUUUUUACGAUGAUUUUUUCGCGUAGAAAAUGUUAGUGUAUUCGCUGAAUAAACGAAAAAACUGUAGUAGUGAAUUGUUUAAGAAGAUACUAACGUAACCUAACCUAAUUGUUUUCUGGAACUCAUUCGGACAAACAGCUUGAAAACAGUAUCAAAAUGAAAGUGGUAGCGUUGAUUAGUGGUGGCAAGGACAGUUGCUAUAAUAUGAUGCAGUGCAUUGCAUCAGGACACGAGAUAGUUGCUUUAGCUAAUUUGGAACCGAAAGAAAAAGAUGAGCUGGAUAGCUUCAUGUACCAAACUGUGGGGCAUACUGGUGUACCUUACAUUGCCCAGGCUAUGGAAUUGCCUCUGUUCCGGAAGCUAACUGAUGGAUUAUCAAAGCAACGUGGAAAAUUUUACGAACCUACUGAUAAUGAUGAAGUUGAAGACUUGUAUCAACUCUUAAGCAGUGUUAAGGAACAAAUAGAAUUUGAAGCUGUAGCUGUUGGUGCAAUAUUGUCAGACUAUCAAAGGGUGCGUGUUGAAAAUGUUUGUAGUCGUUUGAAUCUAGUCUCAUUGUGUUACCUGUGGAGAAGAGAUCAGCAUGAAUUGCUUCAAGAGAUGGAUUGA